CGGGCGGGGCCGAGGGCGGCCAUGGCGGCGGGCCGGCGGCCGGGCGCCUGGGUGCUGUGGGCGCCGCUGCUCGGGGGGCUCGCGCUGCUGGGAGCCGGGCCGGCCCCGGCGCGGGCGCUGCACAACGUCACGGCCGAACUCUUCGGGGCCGAGGCCUGGGGCACCCUGGCGGCCUUCGGAGACCUCAACUCCGACAAGCAGACGGACCUCUUCGUGCUGCGGGAAAGGAAUGAUUUAAUCGUCUUUUUGGCAGACCAGAACGCACCCUAUUUUAAACCCAAAGUAAAGGUGUCCUUGAAGAAUCACAGUGCCUUGAUCACAGGCGUCGUCCCGGGGGACUACGACGGAGACUCGCAGAUGGACGUCCUCCUGACGUAUCUGCCCCAAAAUCAUGCCAGCAGCGAGCUAGGAGCUGUUAUCUUCUGGGGGCAAAAUCAAACCUUAGACCCUAAUAACAUGACCAUCCUCAACAGGACUUUCCAAGACGAACCUCUAAUUAUGGACUUCAACGGUGAUUUGAUUCCCGAUGUGUUUGGUGUCACAAACGGAUCCAGCCAGCCACAGAUACUGCUAGGAGGGAAUUUAUCAUGGCAUCCUGCAUUGACCACUAAAAGAAAAAUGCGAAUUCCACAUUCCAAUGCAUUUAUUGAUCUGACUGAAGAUUUCACAGCAGAUUUAUUCCUCACGACAUUAUCUGCCUCGGGUACCUCCCAGUUUGAGAUAUGGAAAAACGUGGAUGGGAAUUUCUCGCUCAGCUCCGAACUCCAGGCGCCCCCGAGCGUGGUGGUGGUCGGGCAGUCGGCCUUCGCGGACUUCGAUGGAGAUGGACACACGGACCACUUGCUCCCGGGCUGUGAGGAUAAAAACUGCCAGAAAAGUGCCAUCUACUUAGCAAGAUCUGGAACAGCGCAGUGGGUUCCGGUCCUGCAGGACUUCAGCAAUAAGGGCACACUCUGGGGCUUCGUGCCCUUCGCGCAGCAGCAGCGACCUGUGGAAAUGCCAAUCCCGGUCACCCUUCACAUAGGGGACUACAACAUGGACGGCUACCCCGACGCCCUCGCCAUACUGAAGAACACAUCUGGGAGCAAUCAGCAGGCCUUUCUCCUGGAGAACGUCCCCUGUAACAACGCCAGCUGUGAGGGGGCGCGUCGCAUGUUUAAGGUCUAUUGGGAGCUGAUGGACCUCAAUCAAGUCCGCGAUGCCGUGGUCGCCACCUUCUUUGACAUUUAUGAAGAUGGAAUCUUGGACAUCAUAGUGCUCAGUAAAGGAUACACAAAGAACGACUUUGCCAUCCACGCUUUAAAAAAUAACUUUGAAGCAGAUGCUUAUUUUGUUAAAGUCAUCGUUCUUAGCGGUCUCUGCUCUAACGACUGUCCUCGUAAGAUCACACCCUUCGGCGUGAACCAGCCGGGACCUUACGUCAUGUACACGACCGUGGACGCGAAUGGGCACCUGAAGAACGGGUCAGCCGGACAGCUCAGCCAGUCAGCACAUCUAGCGCUCCAGCUACCAUACAAUGUACUUGGUUUGGGUCGAAGUGCAAAUUUCCUUGAUCAUCUCUACGUUGGUAUCCCCCGUCCAUCCGGAGAGAAGGCCGUGCGGAAGCAGGAGUGGACGGCCAUCAUCCCGAACUCCCAGCUCAUCGUGAUCCCCUUCCCUCACAGCGUCCCCCGGAGCUGGAGCGCCAAGCUGUACCUCACGCCGAGCAACAUCGUGCUGCUGACGGCCAUCGCGCUGGUCGGCGUCUGCGUCUUCAUCCUGGCCAUCAUCGGCGCCCUGCACUGGCAGGAGAAGAAAGCGGACGAUAGAGAAAAACGCCAGGAAGCCCACCGGUUCCACUUCGACGCCAUGUGACUCGCCUUUCAUAUCACACGAUGGACCGGCCUUCAUGUGAUUAACUGACAUGCUACAUUUGGCUUAGAGAAGAAAAUAGGGGAUUUUGAAUAUUAUUUAUAAACGAUGCUUCUUUUGGUAAUUAUCGGACAGCAUUCACGCAAACGUGGUCUGAAUGUGUCGCAGGUCUUUUUUAAAGCACUUUGCACACCGCGAUCGGGCUCUUUAUUUAAGCGCGCUGUGCGCUUCUGUUCCGUGGGGGGGCGCGUUGCAUGUGCUCGGGUGUCUGUGUCGCUGUAAUCAUAUUAGAAUCACGGUGAGGGGGAGACUGUAAAUAAAAGCACUCAAGCAAGCAGGUUUUUCACGUCCCACGUGACCUGGUCCUGUUUCCUGUUCGAACGCUGCCGAGGGCACUGCCGUGGGUCCCGCAGAUCAAGUUGUCAACCUUCCCCUUCAUCUCGCCAGGCGGGGGUGUCGCUGGCGUUGGCUGGGCAGCGGCUGGGCAGCUGACCGUGGAGCCGCGGGCGGCCAGGCGGACGCUCCGCCCCGGGCCGCGCUGCGUCCUCGCCGUGGGAGCUGGGCUGAUGCCGGGCCUCGGGCAGCCUCCGCUCCCCGUUGGCCGCUGGCGGGCGCUGCCGUGCAGCCAGUCAGCGUGCGCGUCACAGCGAUGACGUGUGUCAGGCGCUCGGCGUGUCGGGUCUGGCGCAGAGAAGUGCUCAGUGAGCGGUAACUGUCCCUGCUUUUCGAUGACUUUUUUAGACUUCUACGGCUAAUUAUCAAAAGACAUAGACUCUAAAGAAUUUUAUUUUCAGGCAUUAGGAAAUAAUACUUGGAAAACCUAAAUUCUUGGUGGUUGGUACCUAAUACAAGGGUUUCUUACUUGUUCAUAAUAACUAAAACUAUUAUAACGCCCUCCAAGAAGGAACGUGCCCCGGAUUUUCAGCUGAACCCUGAUCCUUGCCAUGUGGCGAUGAUGAGCAUCAGUUUCCUGAAGGGGACCGUGACAGGUUGGCCCGGGAAGGCACACGUCCCUUCCCAGGAGCACGUGGGAGCCUGACUGCAGUCAGACUCCAGUGCGAACUUCUGUGAGCGUCACUGGGCCGGGAAGUCAUUUUGAGACUUAAAUCUAAGGUUGGGGGGAAGGUGCACAGUUAACCAGCACUGAUACCCAUCUGUACGCCCGCGGGCGUGGGGCAGCUCCGGACCGUGAAAACUGACCUGAAAACCACUCUGUUCCUCAUGUUACCUCUUUAGGGUUCACUGAGAUCGGCAUGUGUUUAAGUGGGUUACUUUGUGUCUAAGCAUGUUAAUGUCGUCUUAAUAAAUACUCUGUGUU